CCCUGAGUAAACCUGGCCUGAGUCAACACACUGACUAACUAUGGUCUACUGUUAAGAUUAAAUGGAAGUGAAUAACCUCGCCAAGAUGAUGUGCGAGGUGAUGCCCACCAUCAGCGAGGACACGGCGCUGAACCAGCGCGGCUCUCAGAGUAGUUCCUCGGACCCGGACUCCCACUUUGAGCAGCUGAUGGUCAACAUGCUGGACGAGAGGGACCGGCUGCUGGACACGCUGAGGGAGACCCAGGAGAGCCUCGGCCUGGCCCAGCAGCACCUUCAGGACGUCAUCUACGACCGCGACUCUCUGCAGCGCCAGCUCACCUCCGCCCUGCCACAGGAGUUUGCUGCGCUGACCAAGGAGCUGAACGCCUGCAGGGAGCAGCUGCUGGAGAAGGAGGAGGAGAUCUCUGAGCUCAAAGCCGAGAGGAACAACACCAGGCUACUGCUGGAGCAUCUGGAGUGCCUGGUGUCAAGACACGAGCGGUCACUUCGCAUGACGGUGGUCAAGCGGCAGGCUCAGUCUCCCUCAGGAGUCUCCAGUGAAGUCGAGGUCCUCAAAGCGCUCAAGUCCUUGUUUGAACACCAUAAAGCCCUAGAUGAGAAGGUAAGAGAGAGACUACGGGUGUCACUUGAGAGGGUGUCUGCCUUGGAGGAGGAGCUCACAGCAGCCAAUCAGGAGAUUGUGGCCUUACGGGAACAAAAUGCUCACAUUCAGAGAAAAGUGGCUUCCGGGGACGGAGGAGAGGACAUGCUGGAGGGCAGUGAAGCUCAACAGAAGGUCCAUGGCAAGCGCCUGUCCAACGGCUCUCUGGAGUCGGCCCACGAGGCGAGCCAGGUGGUGGAGCUGCAGGACCUGCUGGAGAAGCAGAACCACGAGCUGGCCCAGAUGAAGGAGCGCAUGUCCUCCCUCUCCUCCCGGGUCUCGGAGGUGGAGCAGGAGCUGGAGACCGCCCGGAAGGACCUCAUCAAGUCGGAGGAGAUGAACAACAAGUACCAGAGGGACUUCAAAGAGGUUACAGCACACACACAUUGGGCCAUGUGUCAGAAAGAAGACAUGGAGGAGCGGAUCGUAACAUUGGAAAAACGCUACCUGAGCGCCCAACGAGAGUCCACCUCAGUGCACGACAUCAAUGACAAACUGGAGAACGAGUUGGCCAAUAAGGAGGCUUUCCUCAGACAGAUGGAGGAGAAGAACAGGCAGCUACAGGAGAGGCUGGAGCUUGCAGAGCAGAAGCUCCAGCAGACCAUGAGGAAGGCGGAGACGCUGCCGGAGGUAGAAGCUGAACUGGCCCAGAGGAUAGCAGCCCUCACCAAGGCGGAAGAGCGUCACGGGAGCAUUGAGGAGCGAAUGAGGCACUUGGAAUGCCAGCUGGAGGAGAAGAACCAGGAGCUGCUACGGGCUCGACAGAGAGAAAAGAUGAAUGAGGAGCACAACAAGAGACUGUCGGACACGGUGGACAGACUCCUCACAGAGUCCAACGAGCGUCUACAGCUCCACUUGAAGGAGAGAAUGGCAGCUCUAGAAGAGAAGAAUUUGUUAAUCCAAGAUUCGGAAGGUUACAGAAAACAGUACGAAGAUUCAAUCCAUGAAAAAACACAUCUGGCAGAGGAGAUUGAGAAACUGAGAUCAGAGCUGGACCAGUUCAGAUUGAGGGCAGGCUCCCUCACAGAACCCACCCUGUCACGGUCUCAUCUGGACACGUCAGCUGAGCUCCGAUUCUCGUUGGGAUCUCUGGCUGAAACCCAGUCGGACCACUACCGCUCAGCCAAAGUCAUCCGGCGGCCAAGGAGAGGUCGCAUGGGUCUGCGUGAAACCAAGGCUAAAUCACUGGGGGAACACGAAUGGCGCUCACAGCAGCUCGGGGUUCUGGGAGGCCAUCACUUUGAGAGCGACACAGAGAUGUCAGACAUCGAUGACGAUGACAGGGAAACGAUGUUCAGCUCCAUGGACAUGCUCUCACCCAGCGGCCACUCCGAUGCCCAAACUCUGGCCAUGAUGCUGCAGGAGCAGCUGGACGCAAUCAACAAGGAGAUUCGGCUGAUCCAGGAGGAGAAGGAGUCGACGGAGCUGAGGGCGGAGGAGAUUGAAAACCGGGUGGCCAGCGUCAGCCUCGAGGGCCUCAACCUGGCUCGAAUGCACCACCACGGAGCCUCCAUCACUGCCUCAGCCACCGCCUCCUCCUUGGCCUCCUCCUCCCCGCCCAGCGGACACUCCACCCCCAAACUCGAUCCUCGAAGCCCCGCCCGCGAUAUGGAACGCAUGGGGGUCAUGACACUGCCCAGUGAUCUGAGGAAACACAGGAGAAAGAUUGCAGCGGUGGACGAGGACGGCCGCGAGGACAAGGCCACCAUCAAGUGCGAGACAUCCCCCCCACCAACGCCGCGCACUGUACGAAUGACACACACACUGCCAGCCUCCUCGCACAAUGACGCACGAGGGAUCGUGUCCUCUCUGGAGGCUGAGGCCAGUGCACUGAGUAGUGUAGCCAGCAGCCAAGACUCCCUCCACAAGCAGACGAAGAAAAAGGGCAUCAAAUCCUCUAUCGGACGGCUUUUUGGCAAGAAGGAGAAGGGCAGAAUGGCACAUCUGGCACACAGACAUGUCAUGGUAGAUCCACAAGCGACCAUGAUGGACCCAGACAUGGCUGGCCAGGACAUGGGGGUGGGCAAGCUGGGAACUCAGGCUGAGAAGGACCGCAGGUUGAAAAAGAAACACGAGCUAUUGGAGGAGGCCAGGAGAAAGGGUUUACCUUUCGCCCAAUGGGAUGGCCCUACAGUUGUAGCCUGGCUGGAGCUGUGGUUGGGAAUGCCGGCCUGGUACGUGGCGGCGUGUCGCGCCAACGUGAAGAGCGGAGCCAUCAUGUCGGCCCUCUCUGACACCGAGAUCCAGAGGGAGAUCGGUAUCAGUAACCCUCUGCACCGCCUCAAACUUCGCCUGGCCAUCCAGGAAAUGGUCUCCCUCACCAGCCCCUCUGCACCGCCCACCUCCAGAACCCCUUCAGGCAAUGUAUGGCUGACCCAUGAGGAGAUGGAGACCAUGGCAGCCCCUUCCAAAACGAAGUCCGAUUCAGAAGAGGGCAGCUGGGCACAGACUCUAGCUUAUGGCGACAUGAACCAUGAGUGGAUAGGGAACGAGUGGCUGCCCAGUCUAGGACUACCUCAGUACCGCAGCUACUUCAUGGAGUGCCUGGUGGACGCGCGCAUGCUGGACCACCUAACCAAGAAGGACCUUAGGGUGCAUCUCAAAAUGGUGGACAGCUUCCACAGAACAAGUUUACAGUAUGGAAUCAUGGGUCUGAAGAAGCUCAACUAUGACAGGAAGGAACUGGAGAGACGCAGGGAGCAUAGCCAGCAUGAAAUGAGAGAUGUACUGGUGUGGAGUAAUGAGCGAGUCAUCCGCUGGGUGCAGAGCAUAGGCCUGAGAGACUACGCCAACAUCCUGCUAGAGAGCGGUGUGCAUGGAGCUCUGGUCGCCUUGGAUGACAACUUUGACUAUAGCAGUUUGGCGCUACUCCUCCAGAUCCCCAACCAAAACACUCAGGCACGUCAGAUUCUGGAGCGAGAGUACAAUAAUAUGCUGGCGCUGGGCACCGACAGGAGACUGGAUGAGUGUGAAGACAAAGACUUCCGAGGUCCAUCGUGGAGGAGGCAGUUCCCGCCCAGAGACGUUCACGGUAUAAGUAUGAUGCCCGGAUCAGCGGAGACGCUCCCUGCUGGAUUCCGUCUCACCGCCACGUCUGGUCACUCCCGAAGACUGCCCCCCGAGGUUGGACCGUCUGCAGUGCAGCGGCUGGACAGCUCCACGGUGAGAACCUAUUCCUGCUGAGAGGAGGAAGAGAGGGACCUUAAACUGUACGCUGUACAGUUCUGAAUGGAGAUUAACUAGCGGAGCUGCUGGACAGGCCAACCUGCCGAGGAACAAACCAUUCUGACGACACGCACUGCCAAGAAGCCCUCCUCUCCUCUCUGACCCCCUUCCCCGACCUACUUCUCCUCCUUAUGUGGGCACCAGAUGCCGGUGCUAAACUGUCCUGCAGGCUGCCCCGUUGUCAGCAUUUCUACCUUUUACAUGUACAGUAACUUGUCGAAGCAUAACGUACUGUGUAUUUCUUCUACAGGAGCUGUGUGGGUUAUCUGUAAAUAAAUAUGCCAUUUUUUUAAAUAUAUAUAUAUAUAUAUAUACACACACACACACACACGU